ACAUUAUUUACAAAUAAUAUACUUUUAACGCAGAUACGGGCACUUGUCACGCAAGACACCACAGCAUAUAAAUACGAGAGAAAACAUCCAUAUUUUUGGACAAAUUUAUCUAUAAAACGUUGUUUGUACGAGAAUUAAAUUUAAAAAAUGUCAGCACAAGCUCAAGGAUGGCAAAGAGCAGUUAUUGGCCCAUUACCAGCUGGAUUUUUGAGGUUGACAACAGAACGUGAGAUUCAAGAAUCGGCUGAUCGACAAGCUGCAAUCGCAUUGUUUCAACAACAAAAUGCCUCCUACAUUCCGGCAUCGAAUAUUGUCGGUCGACUUAGUAUCACCGUUGCACAAGCAAAACUUGUACGAAAUUAUGGUUUAACACGAAUGGAUCCAUAUGCUCGUAUUCGUGUUGGUCAUUUCGUUUAUGAAACACAAACAGAUCCAAACGGCGGUAAAACACCACGUUGGAACCGUGUCAUUCAUAGUCAAUUGCCAAACGGCGUAAAUACCAUAUUUGUAGAAAUUUACGAUGAGUGCAGCUUUAAAAUGGACGAAUUGAUUGCAUGGACGGAGAUUAAAAUUCCGGAAUCAGUUUUGCGCGGUGAAACACACGAAGAAUGGUAUAGCCUAAGUGGUAAACAGGGUGAUAAUGUCGAAGGAAUGAUUGAUGUUGUAAUGAGCUUUACGCCUGCAGCGGCAAUGGCAACAUAUAACUAUGCUGCAGUGCCACCUGUUGUUAUGGUUCCAAAUGUGUCUGGUGGCCAGGCGUUACCAGUUUUUGUGACACCUCAACCGCAAGUUCGUCCGCCAGUUGUUGAACAACCACCACCAGUGCAACCAAUCACCGAUGAUGAUGUAAAACAAGUCAAAGAAAUGUUCCCAAAUGUUGACGAUGAAGUGAUUCGAUCGGUUUUGGAAGCAAAUCGAGGCAAUAAACAAAGCACAAUCAAUUCGCUUCUUCAAAUGACCGAACAGUAAAAAGUAGUUUGCUCGAACAAAAUUCAAGCUUUUUUUACACAACUAAAAGCGAAAUAUUCCAUUUAUUUUUUAUGGAUAUAAAUAUAUCUUUUUCUAUCAAUAUCUUGAACCGCGAACUAAUCUUAAUGGGCCAUUAUUGCCGUGAUUAUUCUAUUUAUUCGAUGAUUAAUUUUGUUUGCUUUGAUGCAGUAACAUGCACGUUAUUUAAAUUAUUUCUUGCACCUACUGAUAAUUGUAUAAUGUCAUUCCCAAAUUUGCCAAAUAUCGAACGAAAACCGACGAUUUUGAUUUUCUUCGUCGAAGUCUAUUUUUUUUUGUCUAUAUUGUGAAAAGGUAAUUUACAUUUAUUUAUUCAAACUUCUUAAUUGUUUUAAUAGUUCAUUCUUUCUUGUAAGUCUGCAGUCAUUUGAUUUGCACUGAAAUUGCGAUUCCAUUGAAUUUUGAUCAGAUGAACAAUUGAUAUUGAUGUAAUCAUUUGCCAGUGUUGUCAAAGUCGAUCUAUACUUCCGGAUUUAAUUUAUUCCCUUUUGAUUGAUUAUUUUGUAUUUAAAUCAUUUUAUGUUUGGCUUCCGGUUUUAAUUCGUUUUUUUUU